AUACUGAAAUCAUCAACCAUCCCAUUAACUCAUCAAGCAUUGCCCUCAACACGUGAACACAAUUAAUUAGUCCGUGAACAUGAAGGUCUCCACUUUGCAGUCGCUGCUUCUUGUGAUCAUCUUGUCUAGUUCCUGCAGCCUGAGUGCAAAUGCAGGUGCUGGAGAUCACCAUGAACACAAACAUUUCAUGGUUGUGCCAACAAGCUCCCUGAAGCACAUCCCAGAAGACGCCGCCUGCUCCGGACACAAGGUGAUACUGUCCAACGGCACCGCCUGGGUGCCGAUGAACCGCCCGCAUGGUCCGUGCUCAUCAACAUCAUCGAGGGCAUCAGAGGAUAUAGGCAUCGAUGUCGAUGACAUGCUUCUGUGGGACCAGCUCCGCACCAGCUACAUCCGGACGCAGCUCUCCGCUGAUAUCGGCAGUGUCGGUGCGGGGAUACCAAUAAUUGCCAGAUCUACCACAGUUUCUAACCGGGAUUAUACGCCGUCUUCGACAGCUUCAGUCGGGACAAACUCAGGGACAUCGAAAUCGAUCGAAAAAUCUGAUCAGACUCCGCCCGGCGAGCACCAUGCCACUAUGAGCCAGACGGUGGUCGUCGACACGAGCAGCGACAUCCCCUGGGUGCAGUGUCUCCCGUGCCCCAUCCCGCAGUGCCACCUCCAGAAGGAUCCCUUCUAUGACCCCGCCAAGUCGAGUACGUUUGCACCAAUCACAUGUGGCUCACCGGCCUGCAAGGUGCUAGGCAGCAGCUACGGCAAUGGCUGCUCAACCACCACCGAUGAGUGCAAGUACAUUGUAAAUUAUGGCGACGGUAGGGCAACUACCGGGACGUAUGUUACUGACACGCUGACGAUGUCCCCAACCAUUGUGGUGAAGGACUUCCGGUUUGGGUGCAGCCAUGCCGUGAGGGGCUCCUUCAGCAACCAGAAUGCAGGCAUCCUGGCACUGGGCGGCGGCCGCGGGUCGCUUCUAGAGCAGACGGCAGAGGCCUACGGUAACGCAUUCUCCUACUGCAUCCCACAGCCGAGCUCCGCCGGCUUCCUCUCGUUGGGCGGGCCGGUGGAGGCUUCGUUGAAGUUUGCACACACACCUCUCAUCAAGAACAAACAUGCACCAACGUUCUACAUCGUGCACCUGGAGGCGAUCAUCGUGGCCGGGAAGCAACUGAGCGUGCCGCCAACAGCUUUUGCCACGGGCUCGGUGAUGGAUUCCGGCGCAGUUGUCACGCAGCUGCCGCCACCAGUGUACGCUGCACUACGAACCGCAUUCAGAAGCAUCAUGGCAGCGUAUGGCCCACUGGCGGCCCCCGUGCGCAACCUCGACACAUGCUACGACUUCACCCGCUUCCCUGAGGUGAAGGUCCCCAAGGUUUCUCUCGUAUUCGCUGGUGGCGCCACCUUGGAGCUCGACCCGGCAUCCAUAAUGUUGGAUGGCUGCCUGGCGUUCGCUGCCACCCCCGGUGAAGAAUCCGUCGGAUUCAUCGGCAAUGUGCAGCAGCAGACUUACGAGGUUCUCUAUGACGUCGGUGGCGGGUCCGUCGGUUUCCGCCCUGCUGCGUGCUGAUGUGGCAGGUUGCUCAUUCAGAUCCACUACUAUAUAUUUGCGGUCUACAAGCUAGCUCAUUGAGAUCGAGCUAGUUUGCUAUAAAUAAGUGCAAGAAGAAGAUGUAAUGCGUGUAACUUUGUUUUUCAAAUGGCCUAUGAUUGUAAACCUUACAUGGUACAUUUACUGACUGUUAAGUCAGCUUAUACAAUUAUUUUACCGAUUGAUGUGCAAUA